GAAUGUCAAAGAUGUACUAAAAUUGUUCUAACACAAAGUCUGUACACGUAUCUGCUUGUUAUGAAGUGUGAUAGGUUUUAUGCAGAUAAAUCGUUAAUUUUAUAGAUAAAUUCUGAUCUACCUAGAUCUACAGAUUCAAUCGAUUAUCAUCUUGCAACUUUUCCACGAUGUCUCUUUCGGAAGCUUCAUGUUAUACUAUAAUCAACUCUCAGGAGACGGAGCCGUUCAAUGAGAUGCAGUUGAAGAUUGAUUUAGAAAAAGGCGAGCUGAAUGUGAAAAUUUAUACAUUAAAGAGAGUUAUUCAACUUCUUUUGAAUGGCGAAAGACUACCAAGUUUGUUGAUGACUAUUAUUCGUUUUGUGUUACCUUUGCAAAAUCAUUCCAUCAAGAAGCUUCUGUUGAUUUACUGGGAAAUAGUUCCGAAAACAUCUCCGGACGGAAAGCUGCUCCAGGAAAUGAUUCUGGUAUGCGAUGCAUAUCGUAAAGAUUUGCAACACCCGAAUGAAUUUCUGAGAGGAUCUACGCUACGUUUUCUGUGUAAACUGAAGGAGCCUGAAUUGUUGGAGCCUCUAAUGCCCGCUAUCCGAGCUUGUCUCGAACAUCGUCACUCUUACGUUAGACGAAACGCGGUAUUGGCUAUAUUCACUAUCUACAAGAACUUUGAAUGGUUGGUUCCUGAUGGUCCGGAAUUGAUAGCAAACUUCUUGGAUUCACAACAGGACAUGUCAUGUAAGCGUAAUGCAUUCCUUAUGCUACUCCAUGCUGAUCAGGAAAGAGCGCUAAACUAUUUGGCUUCCUGUCUUGACCAAGUGAAUAGCUUCGGAGAUAUUUUGCAGCUAGUCAUUGUGGAACUGAUUUACAAAGUAUGCCACGCAAAUCCUGCGGAACGUUCACGCUUCAUUCGUUGCAUUUACAACCUGCUGAAUUCUAGUUCUAAUGCUGUUCGGUAUGAAGCUGCUGGAACAUUGGUAACACUUUCGACUGCUCCAACAGCGAUCAAAGCUGCUGUGAGCUGUUAUAUUGAACUUAUUAUCGAGGAAUGUGACAAUAAUGUGAAGUUGAUAGUGUUGGAUCGUCUAAUUGCACUCAAAGAAAACGAAAACAUGGAGCGCGUCAUGCAGGAUUUGGUUAUGGAUAUCCUGCGAGUUUUGGCUGCCACCGAUAUAGAAGUUCGUCGGAAAACGUUGAAUAUUGCAAUGCAAUUAGUUUCCUCGAGAAAUAUUGAAGAAAUGGUUUUGGUGCUGAAAAAAGAGGUUUCUAAAACUCACAAUAUAGAACACGAAGACACCGGCAAAUAUCGCCAACUGUUGGUGCGUACUUUACACAACUGUUGCAUAAAGUUCCCUGAUGUUGCUGCUACAGUCAUUCCUGUGUUGGUUGAAUUUCUUUCCGAUUCCAACGAGUUGGCCGCAGCAGAUGUUCUUAUCUUUGUGAGAGAAGCCAUUCAAAAAUUUCCUCAUUUGCAACCGCUUGUUAUUGAAAAAUUGAUGGAAGCUUUUCCAGCUAUCAAAUCAUCGAAAAUUCAAAGGGCCACUCUUUGGAUUCUGGGAGAAUAUGCUACUUCUGUUCAAGACAUUCUUGACGUAGUCGCAAUAAUUAAUCGAACUCUGGGUGAAGUUCCGAUCGUGGAAGCAGAACAGCGUCGUCUCGCUGGUGAAGACAAAGUAAACGACGAGAAUAAAGAUUCGAACAACAUACUUUCUGGUGUACCAAAUAAUAAGGUUACAUCUGAUGGAACAUAUGCUACACAGAGUGCUUUUAUUGUAGCACCAGUUACAAAAAAAGUAGAACGACCACCUCUACGACAGUAUUUAAUGGAUGGCGAUUUCUUCAUCGGUGCAACUUUAGCUUCUACGCUGACCAAGCUUGUACUUAAAUACAUUGAUUUGGAACCAAAUGAGAAGAAGCAAAACCGUCUUUGCACCAGUAUUAUGCUUAUUAUGAGCUCGAUCCUUCAUCUGGGCAAGUCUGGAUUACCGGCAAAGGCCAUAACCAAUGAUGAUACUGACAGGAUUUUCCUUUGCCUCAAAACAUUGAGUCAGCGAACACCGGAAAUAGUGCAAAUUUUUAAGCAGUCAUGUCGUGAGGCUCUUGCAAGCAUGCUGAACGCGCAAAAUGAAGAGGAACAAUUGGCACUUAAAGAUAAACAAAAGAACACCGCCAAAAUUCAGCCAGAUGACCCAAUUACAUUUACACAGCUAUCAAGCGGAAAAAACGACCAGCUUGGUGAAAACGUAUUCGAAUCGAGUUUGAACCAGGCUUUAGCUGGAACAAAAAGUACCGCAUUUUCUGAUGUGGCUUCUCCAAACAAUAAGCUCAAUAAGGUCACACAGUUAACCGGUUUUUCUGAUCCGGUUUACGCGGAAGCAUAUGUCCACGUCAAUCAGUACGAUAUCGUAUUGGAUGUACUGAUCGUCAAUCAAACCAAUGACACAUUGCAGAAUUGUACCCUUGAACUGGCCACUGUUGGUGAUCUGAAACUAGUGGAACGUCCCCAUCCUGUCGUGCUUGCCCCACAUGAUUUUUGUAACAUAAAAGCGAAUGUUAAAGUAUCAUCGACGGAGAAUGGAAUUAUUUUUGGCAAUAUCGUAUACGAUACCACUGGAUCAUCGAACGUAAUCGUAUUGAACACAAUCCAUAUUGACAUUAUGGAUUACAUUUUGCCGGCAAGCUGCACCGAUACUGAGUUCCGCACUAUGUGGGUCGAAUUCGAAUGGGAGAACAAGGUAUCGGUGAACACAACUCUUACUGAUUUACACGAAUACUUGAAGAUGUUGCUGAAAUCAACCAACAUGAAAUGUCUGACACCCGAGAAGGCACUUUCCGGUCAGUGUGGCUUUAUGGCGGCCAAUAUGUAUGCAAGAUCAAUUUUUGGCGAGGAUGCAUUGGCUAACUUGAGCAUUGAAAAGCCGUUUGAUCGGUCGGAUGCUCCAGUUACCGGCCAUAUCAGGAUACGCGCUAAAAGUCAGGGAAUGGCUCUUAGCCUUGGCGAUAAAAUCAACCAUACACAAAAAUGUCUACAGGAGAAGUUAGUUACGGCCUGAGAAGGGCACAUUCCCACUAAUUGUUCGCAUCUAAUAAUAGUUUUAUUCUCACUAUGUACUAUUGUAUGCAAUAUGUGGUGAAAUCUACAAUUCUUGUGAUCUAACAACUAUCUGACGGUAUGCAAAAUAGAUAUUCCGAGAAAACUAAUAUCCGCGAAUGACCUUAUUCUUUAACGUGAAAAUAUUGAUUUAUAAUCAAGUGAAUAUUAUUUA